UCUCUUGUCUCGUGCACUCGUUGGCGCUGCUGCUUAGCAACAGACAUUAAGGAGCCACAGGGCGACUCAGUCUGACAAAAAAAACCUUAGCUAGCUAUGCAUUUCCACCCUGCUGGUGGUUACGUGAUGGCAACUUCUACUCCUUAGUGUCAUUUACAUCCGUCGUUAUAAGUCAGAAAUCCUGUCUGUGCACUCGUCGGAUAGAAAUCAGUCACGUCUUGAGAAUAGAAGAGGUUUUCGUUUUUCCAGGAAAAUUGGCUAGCCGUAGCUCGGUAACCUUAGCACUAGAGUAACUGGCGUCUCCACCGGCCACGAAGAGGAACGGAGGGGGAUGUAGAUAUGGGCUUGUGGGUUAGCCGGCCGGUUAACGGACGUUACAUUGGCGUAUGGACUUUAACGUGGUUUUAAAGCUGGUACAUGCAUUCGAGUAACAUCACUGAAACUACAGAGUGCUACUGAGAGGACCGGUCAGACGUCACCAUCAUGUUGGAGGAGGACAUGGAAGUGGCAAUCAAAGUGGUCGUGGUGGGCAACGGCGCUGUUGGCAAGUCCAGUAUGAUACAGCGUUACUGCAAGGGCGUUUUCACAAAGGACUACAAGAAGACGAUUGGGGUGGACUUUCUAGAGAGGCAGAUUGUUGUGAAUGACGAGGAGGUCCGGCUAAUGCUGUGGGACACGGCUGGGCAGGAGGAGUUUGAUGCUAUCACCAAGGCCUACUACCGUGGUGCCCAGGCAUGUGUGCUGGUCUUUUCAACCACAGACAGGGACUCAUUCCAGGCUAUUGACAGCUGGAGGGAGAAGGUGGAAGCAGAGGUUGGAGAUAUUCCCACCGUCCUGGUGCAGAACAAAAUCGAUCUCCUGGAAGAGACUUUAAUAAAGAAUGAGGAGGCAGAAGCUUUGGCUAAAAGACUUAAGCUGAGAUUUUACCGCUCUUCAGUGAAAGAGGACCUUAAUGUCAAUGAGGUUUUUAAAUAUUUGGCUGAGAAAUAUCUUCAUAGACUUAAACAGCAAACUGCAGAGGAGACGGAGGUGGUCCAUACAACAAGCAAUAAAAUAGGUGUCUUUAAUACUACUAGUAGUAACGUCUGCAACCAGGGCUCCAGCAAUGGCAGAGAGGUCAUCACGUUGCGACCAAACAAACAGAGGACCAAGAAGAGCAAAAAUCCCUUUGGAGGCUGCACCCUACUCUAAAUAAAACUUUUAAAAAACUGACCUUUUACGUUUAAGAUUAGAUCAUGGUUGUACUCUUUGGACGUAGCCACAGUUAGAGACCAAAGUCCACACAGACUGGGAAAAUAUACAUAAUACUUUAAUAACUUGAUGUUAAUCUCAAUCAUGAGUUUUUCCCUCACAGUAUCACUUGUACUUUGACUCAGCCCCAGUCUGUCUUCUUUGAUCUGCCCACAGAACCUGACAACCCCUAUCCAUCCUUGGGUCCUCCUUGUGAUUGCCUUAAGAAAAAGCUGCAGUUUGCUGUCAUCAAUCAAAUGUUUCCGCUAACAGCUUAUUUCUGUGAGCGGUGGUGAGGUUUUCUAAAAGGGACUCUCACUGAAAACAUAUCCUCUCUUCUAUCUUUUCUGUCAUUGCCAUGUGUGACAUCUCACUCGUGCAAUAUGUUUGCAUGUAUUGAAAAAGACAAACGGACUGUUUUGUACCGCUUUUUUUCCAACACUCAGCAUAAUGUGGUCAAAACCAGUCUGUUUCUCCCUAACAGAGUCUGAGGGGUAAUCUCUUUGCAGAGGUAUUUUUGUACUAACAGUGUUGAGUAAUAUUUUGUGCCAAAUUUCUUCUAUUUGAGCUGAGGUUGAACAUUUAAACCACAGUGAUUUGGGUGUGAAAUGACAUUUUUAGAAUGUGCUCCUCUGCUUUCCAGAAAGUCAGUAACCACUUACACAAAACUAUCUCUUUAUACUGCCCACGCUCCCUAAAGUUGGAUCUUUGUAAACCAAGCUCACAUAUUGAACGAAUUCUCCUCUGAUUUUUGUUUUGCUUUUAGAAAUCAUGACAUGACAUUUCCUUUGCAGUUGUUUACAUUCACAGCUUUGCUCCUUUUAUCUUUUAACGUUGGUACUGCUGAUGAAAACUAUGGUUUGGUUUCUGUGCCAUUUCCUUUAGAAUUUUCCUGUUCAUCAGGCCUCAUAUGGUACUCUAAGACUAGUUGUUUAUGAAUAGCAUUGUGUUCUGUUUGUUUUAGUUAUGAAGAAAGAGUGAGGCCAGGAAGCUAGAUGCUGUCCGCUUCAUCAUUUCUGUGCCUGUGGAAAGGUCUGAGGCAGGAUUUAGUCGACACUAAAUUGUGGAAGUGCUUUUGUGUGGCUGUAUAUGCAAGGGAAUUAUAUUUCUUCUCACCACAUGGCGACACUUCCACCAAUAUCUCUCAUACUUCUUAAUCUUCCAUACUAGCUGUGAAUUUUCUGGCAUGCCUUAUUUUCCUUAAGCCUUUUUUUUGUUUGUUUGCUUCAGCUGACAGAGCACAAAUAACUACACAACUAUGUGGAAAAGUCUUGAACUUCUGCCUGAAAAACACGAACAGUUUCUCAUGUGUAAGUACUUUCUAUGGAAAAAGAAUACGCAGGACAAUUGGGAGUAUGUAUGCAUGUGUUUCUGUUUUUAUGAACUAGAAAAAUAACUCAUUUGAGAUGUUUCAGGUUUGUUUUGUUCCUCUUGUCCAAAGAUGGUGCUGAAUAUGUUUUACACCGUUGGUACAAAGACCGUGUCCCAUUUCAGAUGUUUAUCCCCCCUAGUAGGAUCUGUGCAAACUCUACUCUGUGUUUUUCUUUUUUUGUGGGAUGGGGAGAGAGAAAAAAUGCAGUUGUCUCAGCCAGUUGUUUGAGGCAUUUUGUUUCUCCAAGUAUGUGAAUGUUGAACCAUGGUCGCAGUGCUUGCUCUGUUUACAUUAACCAGUAGAGAGCGUCUUAACUCCCACUCUUCCUGUCUGUUUCAAACUGCCUGCACAGUAAAUCUGUAAAUGAUUAUUUCUCAAGCUUUCUCCCAUUUGUUUACUCUAUCAUUUUGCAUUUUGACUGAAUGGACUUCGUGCACUUUAUCAAAAAAGAUGGCAUUUAUUCUAAAGGAAUGCUCCAUUGAAAUUAACUAUACAUAUGUGCUGUUACUCAGGUGUAAUAUUCUUUAUGUUUGUCUCUUUUUUUUCUUCUGCUUUCUCGCACAAGAAUUCAUAGAAUGUAAUCGGUAAACUUCUAGAAUUUGAUGAUUUUACUCCAUUAAACUGACAGAUAUCAAGUGUGCUUGCAAUCUGACUAAAAGGACACUCAAAUGUGCACCGAGUUGUAUAUUUGGGAUGCAGUGUUUGGUGGCAGUCUGACAAAUAAAAAUACAUCUUUCAUCACUUCACUCUUCAUUUUCCUUUAACUAAACCUUUAAAUCAUUUGCACAUUUCUUUUGAUAGAAUGAUGCUACUGAGAGGUGACUUUCUCUGUUCUCUUUUUUUGUGAAUCAGUAAUCAGUUUUCCUACAGUAGAAGGGAAUUUGCUCAAAUUUAGUUAAGAUUCUUAAGUGGAAUUUUUUUUUGGGACUAUUACUAUGAUCUGAAAUGGAUGUUUUAGUCAAAAUUCAGACUUGGUCACACAAAUGGCGUCAUACUCGCACACAUACUGUCAUGUAGUUGUCAAACUGAAGGCAUCUAGAGUAGUAGAACAGUUUCAUCAUGGUGUGCAGAGUUCAGAGCGGCUUUCAGAGGUGAUUUCCAGAUUCUGACGUGCUGUGGCUCUACAGCUUCUGAAUAGCGAACUUAAAAAUGUUUUUUUCCACUGAUAGAAAUAAGCUAAUAAAUGACAAAUUGAAAGUCGUGUCAACUUAGAAUGAUUUAUACAAGUUAUUUAUUAACACAUAAAACUCUUUGCAAAAACAUUAACUAAAGUCCACAGCUUCACGUGAU